GAAAGAGGAUGGAGCACCCGUGAGCAAGGAAAGGUGCCUGAGGAGUGUUGGCAGAGUGUGGGUGACCAGGUAGGGCAGGGAGUACACCAGGCACCCAGUGAACCACACAGCCAGCUGGCACCGGCACGGGCUGCCCCGCGGCACAGCUGGUGGUGGGCAAGGCAAGGGGGGGAACCACCCCAGCUGAGACAGAGAGCAAGAAAGAGAGCGUGGGCUCUUCGCUUGGGCUCAGCAGUGGCAUGUGCUUGUCCUGCCUUGUUUUGUGUAUGCUGUAAUAAUAUUUCCCCUUUAAGGCUUGGCUGAAGUUAUUUUUACUUGUGGGGUGGUGACAGGAACACAGAACGGAGCAGGAGCCCUGAACUGCUCUUACCUGAUCUGCGGCAGAGGGGCGGACGGAGGAAGAAGGAAGCUCAGAAAAAGAGAAGGAGCAAGAGAGAGGAGUUCAAGGGAGGAGAAGAGAAAGCAAGCAGGGCAUCCCCGGGAGAGACUAGGGAGGGCACCAGCUGGGGAAACUGAAAAAGGGGGAACGAGGAAAGGAGGAAGGAGUAAGGAGGGAAAAGUCCUCAGGAAAAAGCAAAGAGCAAAGCAGCUCCUGGGAGCCGAGGGGCUGCCAGUAUCCAAUGCCAAGCAUUACCGAGGGGUGCUGAGCAGGUACAGUCAAGCAGAGUGGCUCUCCUGGUCUCCUCUCAGCUCUCAAGAUGAUGAAAAGACAGUUUAAUCGAAUGCGGCAGCAGCUCUCCCAUCCCAACAUCGCCACCCGAGCUCAAGAAGCAACUGAGCUCCUGUCAGAAGAUUUGCUGCAGAUUGAGCAGAGGAUCGAGCCAGCCAAGCGAGCAGCUCACAGUGUGUCCAAGAGGCUCCAAGCCUGCCUGCAGGGGCAAUGUGGCACUGAGAUGGACAAGAGAGUGAAGAAGCUACCCUUGAUGGCUCUGUCCACGGUGAUGGCUGAGAGCUUCAAGGAACUGGACACAGAGUCCAGCCUCGGGAGAGCUCUGGAGAUGGGCUGCUGUAUACAGAGCUCAUUGGCAAAAAUCCUGGCUGAGUUUGAGAUUGCACUGGAGCACAACGUCCUGCAGCCACUCAACAAGCUCAGUGAGGAGGAACUUCCCAUCAUCCUGAAGCACAAGAAGACUCUCCAGAAGUUGAUUUCUGACUGGAACACAAUCAAGAGCCGGCUGAACCAAGCUGCCAAGAGCUCCAGUAACAGCACUGGAGCUGGUGCUGGUCCAGGGGCAUCUUCUGCUGCCAACAAACUGGAGAUCUUGAAGGAAGAGGAGGAGGAGGUAAAGAGGAAGGUGGAACAAUGCAAGGAUGAGUACAUGGCUGACCUCUACCACUUCUCCACCAAGGAGGACAGCUACGCCAGCUACUUCAUCAAACUGCUGGAAAUCCAGGCCCAGUACCACCGGCAGUCACUGGAAUCUCUGGACACAGCUCUGGCAGAGCUAAGGGAAAGCCACAGACAGUCAGAGCUCUCCUUCAAUGCAGACACCCCAGUGGCAGGGUACUAUGGUGUGUCCCUAGAGACCCACCUCAAGAGCUUGGGCCGGGAGAUCGCACUGCCCAUUGAAGCCUGCGUCAUGAUGCUGCUGGCCUCCGGCAUGAGGGAAGAGGGUCUCUUCCGGCUGGCAGCGGGUGCAUCAGUGCUGAGGAAGCUGAAGAGCAGCUUGGCCAGUGGCUCCAAUGCCCUGGAGGAGUUUUACUCAGACCCCCACGCUGUGGCUGGCGCACUGAAAUCCUACCUGCGGGAGCUGCCCCAGCCUUUGAUGACCUUUGAGCUCUAUGACGAAUGGGUCAAAGUGGCCAGCUUAAAGGACGUUGACAGCCGUGUACAGAGCCUGCGAGACACCUGCAGCCGCCUGCCCCAAGAGAGCUACAACAAUCUGAGGUAUCUGAUCAAGUUUUUAGCCAAGCUGGCUGAACACCAGGAGGUGAAUAAAAUGACCCCCAGCAACAUCGCCAUUGUGCUGGGCCCAAACCUGCUGUGGUCGCAGCAGAGCACAGGAGACCCCAUGCAACUGGACUUGGCCUCAGUCUCCUCCAUCCAGGGUGUGGUGGAAGCCCUCAUCCAGAAUGUGGACACCCUCUUCCCCGGAGAGGUAGAUUUUAAUGUCUCGGGAUUGUUCACACUGCCUGCAAAUAGUGGACUUAGCAAGGCUGCCCCAGUGGAGGAGCUGACCCCUGAGCUCCCUCCAGCCACCACUCCCACCCUUCCGGAUGGAGAGACGACGCCGAGGGACCCCGAGGCCAAGUCCCAGCUGGCAUCCCCAGCACUGACCAAACCAUCUCCUGAAGUUGCAGGGCCAGCAGCUCCAACAAUGACUGACGAUACCAGCCGCAAAGGCAAGCGCCCGGCUCCAGCCCGACCCACGAUGCUGCCACCGCCUGUGGCCCAGUCCCAGAGCACAGCUCCUGCCCCAGCAGCCAGCCCCAAAGCCCUGCCACGACGGAUGGCACCCAGCCGAGCCCCCUCUGUCCCGCCACCGCUCCCGCCACAGGCGGCACCCCGUCACAGCCGAGAUGUCCCGCUGUCCCCCAAGCCUUCCACUGGUGAGGCUGACACAAGGGCUGCCAUGGACUGUGUCCCAGGAACCACAGAUGAAGGGCAGCUUCUGUCUGCAGGAGAAAGCAGCCCCUUGGCCAUAUUGGCCCCAGCAGGACAGCCCACAGGGAACUGAGCAGGGCGUGGGGGAAUCACAGGCUGGGGAGAUGGGGCCUGGCGUCCAUCUGGGAACCCAGCAGGUGCCGUGGAAACACCAGGGUGGUGCCUCCACCUUGCUCCCUCAGCUUACACCACCUGGCACGCUCCGCCUGCCUCCCCUUGCUCUCCCGCCUUCACCUUCCCCCACCACCAUGUCCCUGCUAGGGCCCAGCUCCCUGCCCAGCUCCCCUAUCGCAGGCCCAGGCACUGCCUGCAGCUUUUGGACCAGCGUGGGCAGCUUGGCCUGGAGGGGUCAUUUGUGGAUGCUCAGCCAUGACCCCAGCCCCAUUUUGCCUUAAAACACGUUGCCCCAAGAACAUAUAGACGAAUAUAUAUAAAUACAAAUA